AUGACCAGGGUUGUAGUAACUGGCUUGGGGCUUGUAACCCCUUUGGGAGUUGGAGUGAAGACGUCAUGGAAAAACCUUAUAGCUAACAAGAGUGGGUUAAUAUCAACCACCAAACUUUCAGAUUACGAAACGGCAGGAUGGUCAGGAAUCCCAUCUAAAGUAAUUGGGAAAGUUCCUGAAGGACCAUUAUCCGAAGGAAAAUGGCAAACUCAAGACCACUUUGAACAUGUGUCCGAUGCAAGACGUAUGGCAUUAUUUGUUCAGUACGCAUUGGCUGCCACUCAAGAAGCCAUGACCGAUGCUAAAUGGCUCCCUAAAACUGAAGAAGAACAAACUGAAACUGGAGUUGCUGUAGGUAGUGGUAUUGGCUCGUUCAAUGACAGCUAUCUGAAUGCUGUAGCUUUCCAUGAACGGGGCUUCAAAAGAGUCCAACCAUUGUUCAUUCCAAAACUCCUUAGUAAUAUGGCUGCGGGGAACAUAUCUAUCAAGUACGGCUUACGUGGGGUCAACCACUCGGUAUCUAGUGCUUGUGCCACUGGACUCCACUCCAUUGGUGAUGCUUAUAAUUUUUUGAAAAAUGGAUAUGCCAAUGUAAUGGUUGCUGGAGGGACUGAAGCAUCUAUAAAUCCAUUGGCACUUGCCGGAUUUGCUCGUGCCAAAUCUGUGGUGGUGGAUUCAAAUGAAUCCCCAGAAAAGGCAUGCAGACCAUUUGAUGGAUCUAGAAACGGGUUUGUACUAUCAGAGGGAUGUGGGAUCGUUGUUUUGGAGACUUUAGACCAUGCUUUGGCUAGAGGGGUGAAAGAAGAAGAUAUUUAUGCUGAAAUAUUGGGGUAUGGUCUUUCUGGAGACGCGCAUCAUAUUACUGCACCCUCUGAAGAUGGUGAUGGGGCAAGAAGAGCUAUGAAAAUGGCUCUUGAUAGAUCUAACGUGUCACCUGAACAAAUUGACUAUAUAAACGCUCAUGCUACAUCCACUUUAUUGGGAGAUCGUGCAGAAAACCAUGCUUUUAACGCAUUAUUCAACAACAACAAAAAAGUGUCAAUUUCUUCAACAAAAUCAUCUAUAGGACAUUUACUUGGAGCUGCUGGUGCAGUUGAAAGUAUUUUCACCGUUAAGUCAAUCAAGGAUAGUAAAGUUCCUGCUACGUUAAACUUACAAGAAGCCGGCUCACACGAAGGUGAUAACCGGAAAGAAUUUGAAUUUGACUACGUUCCAAAUCAAAGUAAGGAUAAACUAGUUAAUUAUGCCUUGUGUAAUUCAUUUGGAUUCGGUGGUGUUAAUAGUUCUAUCUGUUUCGCCAAAUACAAAAAAUGA